AUGUCUCAACGGGGAGUUAUCCGGGACAUUGUCAUCACGCCCGUGGCAUUCCAUGACAUGCCGUUGCUGAACAGUGUUGGUGUGCACGAGCCAUUUGCACUCCGCAGCAUCAUUGAGGUCAUUACGGACGAUGAAUAUGGAUUGGGCGAAUCCUACGGUGACUCAACCCACCUUAGCCGCCUGGAACUCGCGGCCGAUCGCAUCAAGGGCCUUUCGGUCUAUAGCACAAACUCCAUCUACCAAGCUUGUGUCGGCUCCCUGGAGGGCGACACCAGUACUGGCGGCGACGGCAUGGCAGGUAUGGUGACUACAGCCUCGGUUGUCGACAAGGUUUUCUCCCCGUUAGAGGUCGCGUGCCUCGACAUUCAAGGGAAGUUCGCUGGCGUCCCCGUGAGCGACCUCCUCGGUGGUCGUAUCAGGGACAACGUCCAAUACUCGGCAUACUUGUUCUACAAGUGGGCUGGUCAUCCCGGAGAGCCCGAUGACGAAUACGGCGCAGCGUUGGACCCUGCUGGGAUUGUGAAGCAAGCACAGAAGAUCAUUGAAGAAUAUGGAUUCAAGGCUAUCAAACUCAAAGGCGGUGUAUACCCACCAGCCCAGGAGGUUGAAGCUAUUAAGGCAUUGCAUACGGCGUUCCCCGGCGUACCACUGAGGCUGGAUCCUAACGCCGCCUGGACAGUUGAGACUUCCAAGUGGGUAGCCAAGGAACUGGAAGGAAUAGUCGAAUACCUGGAAGACCCAGCUCCAGAGAUCGAAGGUAUGGCCGCCGUGGCUAAGGAGGCGUCGAUGCCGUUGGCAACAAAUAUGGCUGUCGUCGCCUUCUCCCACCUCCCUACAUCGAUCCUGAGAAACGCAGUCCAAGUGGUCCUUUCUGAUCACCACUUCUGGGGUGGGCUGCGCAGGUCUCAGACACUGGCCGUCAUCUGCGCAACAUGGGGCAUGCGGCUUUCGAUGCACUCCAACAGUCAUUUGGGCAUUUCAUUGGCUGCCAUGACGCACUUGGCAUCCGCAACACCCAACCUGGAUUAUGCUUGCGAUACUCACUGGCCAUGGAAGCCCCGUGACGAGGAUGUUGUUAUUGAAGGAGCCCUCAAGUGGAUCGAUGGUGGCUUAAAUGUUCCAACGGGACCUGGAUUGGGUGUUGAGCUCGACAGGCAGAAGCUGGCGCAUCUACAUCAGCAAUAUUUAGAUUGUGGGUUGCGAAAGCGGGACGAUACUACGUACAUGAAAAGGUUUCAACCGGAUUUCUCUGCCAAAAUUCCGAAGUGGUAA